AUUGUCGUCAUGAAGAAAUUCUACGGCCUCACGGGCACGAAGCUUAACAUUGCUAUUGCGGUUAUAGCCGGCACUGAUUUCGCCCUCUUCGGAUAUGAUCAAGGAGUCACAGGUGGUUUGCUCACCUUGGGUUCCUUUCUCCGCGUCUUCCCCGAAAUCAAUGUCGCAAAUCCACCUCCAGGCAGUAACCCUAGCCAGACUUCAAAUGUUCAGGGUAUCACGGUCGGCGCAUACACAUUGGGAUGCUUUUUCGGCGCGGUAGCCACUAUCUGGCUAGGAAACAUGCUCGGACGUAAACGCACCAUCUUCUUCGGCAGCGCCAUUAUGGUCAUCGGAGCUACCCUUCAGGCAUCUUCUUUCGGACUCACACAGUUUAUCGUGGGGCGUUUGAUUACGGGAUUCGGAAAUGGCAUGAACACAUCUACUGUACCAACGUGGCAAGCAGAAACUUCGAAAUCGCACAGACGAGGUCAGAUGGUCAUGAUAGAAGGCUCACUCAUCGUCUUCGGCGUUAUGCUCAGCUACUGGCUCGAUCUCGGCUUCUCGUUCCUCGAACCCAGCUCAAUCUCAUGGCGUUUCCCCAUCGCCUUCCAAAUCGUACUCGCCCUCUUCAUUCUCAUCGCAAUUCCCGGUCUUCCCGAAUCGCCUCGAUGGUUGAUUCUCAAGGGCCGCGAGGAAGACGCCUUGGAAGUCCUGUGCGCUCUCAGCGAUCUUCCUCCAGAUGACAAGAAGAUCCAGAGUGAUUUCCAGGCUGUCAAGGAUACGGUGUUUGAGAUGGCGCAGGGUGGGUUUAGGGAUUGCUUCAAGAUGAAUCGGAGUCGCAAUUUUCAUAGGACUGCGCUGGCUUAUGUUAACCAGAUGUUCCAGCAGAUUUCGGGAAUCAAUAUCAUUACCUACUACGCCGCCACAAUCUUCGAGCAAAACAUCGGCAUGUCCCCAUUCCUCAGUCGUCUCCUAGCCGCCUGCAACGGAACAGAAUACUGGAUGGCGUCCUGGGUCGCCAUCUUCACCAUCGAGAAAUUCGGUCGCCGCUCCCUCAUGAUCUUCGGCGCAGCAGGCCAAGCGAUGUCCAUGGCCGUGCUAGCCGGCACCACCAGCCACGUAUCAAAUGGCAUGGGCAUCGCCGCCGCCGUGUUCCUCUUCGUCUUCAAUUCCUUCUUCGCGAUUGGGUGGCUGGGCAUGACGUGGUUGUAUCCUGCUGAGAUUACGCCGCUGAGUAUCCGCGCGCCGGCGAAUGCCAUUUCGACGACUGCUAACUGGAUCUUCAACUUCCUAGUCGUAAUGAUAACCCCCGUAGCCUUUGCAAAUAUUGGCUACAAAACCUACAUCAUCUUCGCCGUCAUCAACGCCGCCAUGGUUCCCUCCGUCUACUUCUUCUUCCCGGAAACCGCGUACCGCUCCCUCGAGGAAAUGGAUGAAAUCUUCCAUAAAACGACGGGCGUGUUUGACGUUGUCAAGGUCGCCCACGAGAUGCCGCAUAGGUUCAAUAAGCACGGCGAUUUGCUGAUCGGAUAUGAGGAUACGGAGGAGGGUAUGAUGGUUGCGGAGAGGAGGAGGAGCUCGGUUGUUGGGGGUGUGGUGGGGGAAAAGGGGAAGGAUGAGGGGGUUGAGCAUAGGGAGAAUUAACGGGGUUGUUUGGGGAUGUGGGAGAUGUGUAGGAGUGGGGGGUUCUUGGAGGAGCGGUAUGUUAGAAAGGAGAGGUCGAAAAGAGAUGAGUAGUGGUUUUAUCCAACCAGAAUUGUGUAAAUUCCUUCUCUUUUUCCGCUGCUUAAGGCGUGAUAUGUGCCGUUACUGCGUCUUGUUCGCGAUCGAAACGGCGGACGAGAGAAUAAUAUUCAACAAUCCCGAUCUACAUUACUAUACCCUUAUAUUAAGAACACUUAUAUAUACAUUGAAAUACAUACACACAAACCCGCAUACGAACCACCCCCACCUCAUUACAACGCCCCGGACCACCUCUAACCCCCCCUCGCUCGAUUAUCCCCUCAUCAUCUCCAACUCUCACUUACCCACUCAUCCCCCCUCCGUCUCCUCCUCAUCUUCAACGACAUUCAAAUCCCCCUCCCAAACGGUCCCAACAUCCUUCCCGACAACUCUAAACCCAACCUUACACCUAACCCGAUACCCCCUCCACACAUUCCACGUCUUAAACCCCGGCGUGGCCUCCUCUUUAGGCAA